AUGGGAAAAGCCGGUCGCAUGGCGUGUAUCUUCACGCCGUACGUCUUGACCAUCGCGUCACUGAUUUGCAUUAUUAUGGUGGGAUUGGGUUGCACAAAUGCCAGCUCAAGUACCUUGAACAACCUAUAUUUCCUUCGUCUUGACAUCUCAAACAUAACCGCAAGCUCAGAAACGACAACCGAGAUUGAGAAUGCCCUCCGCGACGCUGGCAUUACCUCAGUCACUGUGGACGAUCUCACAAGUGCCAUUGAAACCAUUGAGAAUGAAUCGGGUCUCGCCGAUUACUACGACAUUGGUCUCUGGGGUUACUGUGAGGGCGACAUCUCCGGCAGCAAGAAGAACAUCACCUCCUGCUCAAAGCCGAAGGCCGAGUUCUACUUCGACCCCCUUUCGCUCUUUGGCCUGGAGAACACCAACGCUGCAAGCGCACUCGGCACUGAUGCCAAAAAGAUCAUGAACGUGUACAAGGCCGUCUCCAAGUGGAUGUUUAUCGCCUACCUUGUCGCCUUCAUCGCUACCUGCGCUCAGAUCCUGGUCGGCAUCUUCGCCAUCUGCAGCCGCUGGGGUAGCUGCGUCACCACCAUGGUCUCGAUUGUCGCGUUCCUCUUCACUCUAGGAGCCUCGCUCACAUCGACAAUCAUGUUCUCCAUCGCAAAGGGCUCUCUCGGCACAGCGGCCAAGGCCUACGGCGUCAAAGUCUCCAUGGGCACAAACAUCUACGCCGCAACCUGGCUCGCCGUGGUCUUCUCUCUCGCCGGUACUCUCUUCUGGAUGUUCAGCACCUGCUGCUGCUCCGGCCGCUCCCCCUACGGUCACAAGAACCGCGGCAACGCCCGCGGCUCCGUCACCGCCGAGAAGGCUCCCUACACCUACGAGCCCAUUGGCGCCGGCCACCCUCCCUUCGGUAGCCAGCCUUACGCUCAGGGCCACAACACUGCCUACCCUCCUCCUCCCGCUCACCACAACGACAUUCCCAUGACCAACCAGCGGCAAAACGCAUACGAGCCUUUCCGUCACGUCUAA